UGUGCGAAUUUUUUGUACGUUUUUGUUUUUGAUGAAGAUUUUCAAUUUUUGAAGCAUUAUUUCAAUUUGUGAGGCAUAAUUUUUAUUUCCGAAGAAGGAGGGGACCGAGAUGGACAAGGAUCCACCCACCACCAAUACAACAGUCGACCCACCACCUCCACCCGAGGAUAAUACAACCCCAGACCCAUUAUUACAGCAACCUUCCCCCCAAGAUGACGACCGGAUCUCCCAAAUCCUAUCCCACUACGCCUCCUCCGACACACCGACCCCACUUCCGGCCCACCUCCGUCGCGCCGCGCCGACACCGGAGGAACUCGCCGAUUUGGAAUCGUCUCUCGUGAACCACCCCUUUUUCAUUACCCAAUCCCAAAUUGACGCCCUCUCCCCGUCCGAACCGCUCCCACCGCUUCUUGACGCGCUACAACAGCUGAAAUAUUCCCCCGAUGAAAAUACUCCCCUCGAACUCGCCCUCAACUACAAGACGGACGGCCUCUUUCAAUUCAAAAUGGGAAAGUAUCGCAUCGCCGCGAGCAUUUUUAGCGAAGCGAUAAAAACUCUGGAGCAAAGUGGGGAAAAAAAUGGUGAGGAAGAAGAAGAAGUUACGGCGAAAAUUGACGCCCUGCUCCCCACUUUGUAUAACAAUCGAGGAGUUUGUCAAUUCCACGUGGACAAUUUCCGGUCGGCGUUGACCGACUUUAAAAAAGCGCUCAAGUUGAAACCGGAUUAUGAGAAGAGUUGGAAGAAAGGGAUUGAGUGCUGUGUCAAACUGGAGAAGUGGGAGGAGGCUGGGGAGCUUUUGGAGGGAGGGAAAUCGGUGGGGAUGAAGGAUGUGGAGUUAGAGAAGAAGAUUUUGAUGGGGAAGGGAAACGCCCAACUGUCGCGGCACAAGGAGAAAUCCGCAAAAGCGAAGCUGACCAAAGAGGCGUUCGUCCUUAUGGAACGGAUUCGAAAAUCAGGGGUGAAAAUGUUAAACGCCAAUUUUCUCCAGGUCGAGGGGGGUAGCGACGCGGUGGUGAGGAUUGACGCCGACGAGCUCGUCUGGCCCGUUUUGCUGUAUUACCCGGAAUACUCCACGUCCGAUUUCGUCAAAGAAUUUAGAGAGACGGACGAAUUCCUGCCCCAUCUGCACGAAAUGUUGGAUGUGGAACCACCCAACUGGGACAAAAACCACGAGUAUGGGUCCGCCGACGUGGACGUUUAUUACGUCGAUGGUCAACGUGGCGGCUGGGUCAUGAUUGAGGAGGGGACCGCUUUAAGAGACGUCAUGCGGCAAGAGAGAUAUUAUCUCCCGACGAAUGGAGUACCUGGAUUUUUUAUUCUCUCAAAAAAAUCAGAAUUUUGUAAAUUUUUCUUGGAAAGGAUGAAAUGAUUUUCAAUAAAUAGAUUGAAACCCUGGAA